UAAAAUCAAAACCUGGAGGAGAAAAAGAGAGUCGGCAGAAGAAUUUGAAAGUUCUAAUUCCAAUGGAUUUACUUUUGAAAAGUUCGGUUUACUGAAGCCUUGCUGUUUCAAUUUCUGAGUUGAUCGAGAGGUUGAUUUGCGAUAGAAUGAAGCUGAAGAUCAACAAAGCCUGCGAUCUCAGCUCCAUCUCCGUUCUUCCUCCUCAAACUAGAAGGAGGCCGAGUGUGGUUUCCAGUGGAUUAGAGUCUUCUUCGAUCUUUCCAAGAAGCCAAGUCGCAUCACAGCUUCGGCCACAGCAGCCACUACAGUCACAGCUGACCCUUUCACAGGGAGUUUCAUCCCAGCAUGGUCUCUACUCUCAGUUUUCACAGAACUCUCAAGAUGAGAUCCUUACUAACGAGAAAAUAGGAUCUCAAGAAAGAGAAAAUUCAGUAAGGAGGUCAUCGUGCUUACCUCCUAUGAGUUACACACGAGAAGAGAGUCAGAUGGUGGUAUCUAGAACUUCCAACAAUUCGAUGCGCAAGUGGUCCAGUCAAGAGAAUAAAUGUCAGGUCAGCGAAGACCUUGAACGCAGGAUUGGAAUGAUUGAAACUUCAUUAAGUAGGUUUGGCAUGAUCUUGGAUUCUGUUCAGAGUGACAUCAUGCAAGUAAACAAGGCUACAAAAGAAGUAGCAUUAGAGACGGAAGGCGUGCGGCAGAAAUUAAUUGUUCAUGACGAUUCACUGCAAUCAAUGAGCAAAGGACAAGAAGACAUCAAAACUUGCCUGGAUAAGGGCUUGAACUCUCUCUCUCGGGAGAUAAUCUCAAUGCUGUCAGCCUUAUCAGAGAAAAUAGACACUAAGCUGGUGAAAUUACAAGAUGACCUCCACAAGCAUUUCUUCAAAGAAAUACAGGCAAUUUCUUGCGGUAUUACGAUUCCAAAACAAAAGCAAGCUACUCCUCCCAUGCAUGGUCCAAAGGCUGUCAGCUAUCAUGCUCCUCCACAGGAAGUUCAGUUUCGAACUGAUGCACCAAGGCCUUUGAUAGCACAACAAACAAGUCUACUAACAAAGGUUAAAAUGGGAGGCUGGACAUCAGUAAAACAAGAAGGAGCAGCCCCCAAAGUUGGAAAUCUUAGUAAGCGGAGCAACCAGAUAAAAAUCUCACCACAUCAAUUGGAAUGUAGAGUUGUCAUUGAAUCAGAUGAGGAACUUGAUGGAUGCUUUUCCUGUUUGCUUAAGGAAAAGGGAACAGAAAAAGAUGAAUAUUCGAUAAAGGAAGCCAAGGAAGAAACUGCAAGGAUUCUAAGGAAAGCAAGGAGGAGAAAGAGAAAGUACUGUGAUACCAUCAUCAUAAACUAAAGUGAUCAUUUCAGGAAAGAACAUAAAAGAACCUGAAAUAAUGUUGCUACAGUCACAAGAUAUUUUGAUCAUGGCAGAUAAAUGUAUCGAUCGACGCCCCAAAAGUGAAUAAAGAUUAUUCACCCUCCCUUCCCCACAACCAGGUGUGUUUGGUUCUCAAAUUCUAUCACCAUCAUGUCUUCUAUCAGACUACCAUCUGUCAUUCAUUGUUUCCUGUAUAUCAACACUCUGGAACAAUAUAUUUUGUACAAUAGUAAUUCAUAAUUUGCUCA